CAAACCCACCGCCAAAUGAAGACACUCCUGCUAGAAUACAUUUUCUUCCAAUCUUCUACUUAUCUUGUCCCUCUUUUCUUCCUGUGCAGAUGUGUCAUAAAGCAUCUGGAGGGUUUGGUAGUGCAGUACGAUCUGACGGUGAGGGACAGCGAUGGAUCUGUGGUCCAGUUCCUGUACGGUGAAGACGGGCUGGAUAUCCCCAAGACUCAGUUCCUGCAGCCAAGACAGUUCCCCUUCAUAGAGGACAACUAUGAGGUCAUCAAGAGGUCCCAGGGUCUGGAUGAGGUUUUGGCACGUUUGGAUCCUCACACUGCUAAUAAACAUUUUGGGGCCAUCCAGCGCUGGAGAGCAAAGAGGGAGGUGGCAUGUCCACGCAGAGGAGCGUUCUUGCUUUUUUCCCAGAAGAAGUUGGCCAAACUGAAACAAACAGAAGAGCAAAGAACAGAGCCACAGCAUGUCCACAGCAGAAGGGCUGCUGCACUGCAGCUCGUUCAGCAGUGGCACUCCCUGGAUGAAUCCAGCAGAUCAAAAUACAGCAGGAAGGCCUCCCGUUGCCCUGAGCCCUCUCUGGGCUUGUUAAGGCCUGACGUGUGCUUUGGAUCAGUAUCUGAAAACUUUCACGACAUCACAGACAAGUACCUGCAGGACAGAGGCUCGGUGAAUCACAACAGCCUGGAUGCCAACAGCCUUCGCCAGCUUCUGCACUAUAAGUGGCAGCGCUCGCUGUGUGAUCCAGGUGAAGCAGUGGGUCUGCUGGCAGCGCAGUCCAUAGGUGAGCCCUCCACCCAGAUGACCCUCAACACCUUCCACUUUGCUGGCAGAGGAGAGAUGAACGUCACUUUGGGAAUACCUCGACUGAGAGAGAUCCUGAUGGUGGCCAGCUCCAACAUUAAAACUCCCAUGAUGAGCGUUCCCGUGCUAAACAACAGGAAAGCCUUGAAGAGAGCCAAGAUGCUCCGUAAGAAACUCACCAGAGUCUGUCUGGCUGAGGUGCUGCAAAAGGUUGAUGUUGUAGAGACAUUACGGAUCGAAAAUCACGAAAAGUUGCGGACAUUCAAGGUGACCUUUCACUUCCUGCCUCCUGACCGUUACUGUGACGAUAAGCUGCUAUCACCUGACCAGAUCCUCCACUACAUGGAAACUAGGUUUUUCCGUCUUCUCCUCGAAGGCAUUAAGAAGCGCAGCGCCAAGCUGGCCUCCAUCGCCGUUGAAACGAGGAAGGCCACGCUCAGAGAUAAGGACACCGUUGGUGAUGGAACCGCUGACACAGCAGGGGUAGAUGACGGGGAUGGAGAAGAGGAGCGAGAGAUUGUUGAUGACCAGGGGAACGAAGGAGACGCUGAUGCUUCAGACGCCAAGCGCAAAGACAAACAGGAAGAGGAGGUGGACUAUGAGAGUGAGGAGGACGAGGAGGAGGAGGAUGGAACGGAUGAUGGUGAGGAUAAAGAUCAGGGUGACGAAGAGGAGGGGGCGGAGGAGAACGUGGAGGAGCCCCAGCCGGAGACUGCAGGAGUGGAGAGGAAGAAGAAGAAGCGAGCAAAAAGAGGGCGAGGAGAAGGAGAGGAGACCCUGAAUCAGAUGAGAGUGAACUCUGUUCUGGAAUCCAACCCGGCGAUAGAGAGAUAUCACUACGAUGUCCAGCAUGAACUCUGGUGUGAGGUUGACCUGGUCUUGCCGGUGAGCAAGGUGCACUUCGACCUCACCUCACUUCUGUCAACACUGGCCCACAAUGCCGUCAUCAUGGAGACCAGAGGCUUGACACGCUGCCUGCUGAACGAAGCCACCACAAAGACUGGAGAGAAAGAGACCGUUCUCAACACAGAAGGCAUCAACAUGCACGAAAUGUUCAAGCACAGUGACAUCUUGGACAUCAACAGACUGUACUCCAAUGAGGUCCAUGCCAUGGCUAACACCUAUGGGAUUGAAGUGGCUCUGAAGGUCAUAGAGAAGGAGAUUAAAGAUGUCUUUGCCGUCUAUGGUAUCGAGGUGGACCCCAGACAUCUGUCACUCGUAGCAGAUUACAUGUGUUUUGAGGGUGUAUAUAAGCCCUUAAACCGGCAUGCCAUCCAGUCCAACUCCUCCCCUCUGCAGCAGAUGACCUUCGAGACCAGCUACAAAUUCCUCAAACAGGCUACCAUGCUGGGUGAGGAACAGACUAUAUUCCUGAUAAUGCCAGGAUAAAUAACAUGCAAAGCG